UCCGAUCGCAGAAGUGAUCCCGAGGAGUCCCUCGAUAGUCGCGUCCGCCCGGUUUUCACGCGAUUUUUCGUCGUUACUCAGGACAUCCCCAUUGCUGCUGCUCCGUGAAACAGACGCAAUGUUGAUGGCGGGGCAGUGAGAGGUCAUUGAGAGGUGACUGGAAGAUCUAGUCGCGCUCCACGGAAUCACCAUCGAGGUAUCAGCGAGGUCACACACGAGGAUCAUGAAAAUGGUGCUGUCUCAACGUCAGAGGGAGGAGUUAAAUAAGGCGAUCGCGGAUUACCUUAGCACCAAUGGCUAUCAAGAUGCACUGGAGGCAUUUAAGAAAGAAGCCGAUAUGCCGGGGGAAGUGGAGAGGAAAUACGGGGGUCUCCUGGAGAAAAAGUGGACUUCGGUCAUACGAUUGCAGAAGAAGGUAAUGGAACUGGAGUCUAAACUCUCCGAGGCGGAGAAGGAAUUUAUAGAAGGCGCACCGACGCGCGGCAAGCGAUCGCCGUCCGAAUGGAUACCGAGGCCGCCGGAGAAGUACAGUCUGACUGGACACAGAGCCCCUAUCAAUAGAGUUAUUUUCCAUCCGGUUUUUAGUCUUAUAGUAUCCGCCAGCGAAGAUGCUACCAUUAAGGUAUGGGAUUUUGAGAGUGGCGAAUUCGAGAGGACACUAAAAGGCCACACCGACAGCGUGCAGGACGUCGCGUUCGACGUCUCGGGCAAACUGCUCGUCUCCUGCAGCGCGGACAUGUCCAUCAAGCUGUGGGACUUCCACCAGUCGUUUGCUUGCGUGAAAACCAUGCACGGCCACGAUCACAAUGUCAACUCCGUCGCGUUUGUGCCACAGGGUGACUUCGUAGUGAGCGCCUCUAGGGAUAAAACCAUCAAGAUCUGGGAAGUAGCGACGGGAUACUGCGUGAAGACGCUCGUGGGACACAGGGAGUGGGUAAGAAUGGCGCGAGUCAGCCCGUGCGGCGAGCUCAUCGCCAGCUGCUCGAACGAUCAGACCGUUCGUGUAUGGCACGUGGCGACGAAGGAGACUAAGGUCGAGUUCAGAGAUCACGAUCACGUAGUGGAAUGCAUCGCAUGGGCGCCCGAGAGCGCGCGAGCAUCGAUCAAUGCGGCGGCCGGAGCGGACAACAAAGGCGCACACGAAGGACCCUUCCUCGCGUCUGGUUCUCGAGAUAAGAUGAUUCGCGUAUGGGACGUCGGCGCCGGGGUGUGCCUCUUUACCCUCGUCGGACACGACAACUGGGUACGAUGCAUCGUCUUCCAUCCUGGCGGCAAGUUUAUCGUCAGUGCGUCCGACGAUAAGACGCUGCGAGUCUGGGACACGCGCAACAAACGAGUGAUGAAGACCCUCGAAGCGCACGUUCAUUUUUGCACUUCUGUCGAUUUCCACAAAAGCCAUCCUUACGUGGUCACCGGGAGCGUCGAUCAAACGGUGAAGAUUUGGGAGUGCCGCUAGUCACCGAAUUUUAGAUUUUCCGUCAGACGUUGUGUGGAAGAGAACGGACGUAGAAAAAAAAAAAGAAGAAAAUGAAAUGAGAAAAGACGAACGCGCGUCCAUUUUUGAUGGAAUCGGCCGAACGAGUAAGCUUCUACAAAAGCUAUCGUAUACAUGCAUUAAUAUUAAUAUUAUUAUUAUUAUAUAUAAAGAAAAACACACAUAAACACGUAUGAUUAAGAGCUCUUUAAUUAAUUUAUAAUAAAAUAUAAUUAGAAUAAUUAUCAUAAUAUUAUAAACAUCGUUUUACGGCAAUGAACUGCACUAAAAUUCGAGGAGAGUGAAUCGAGAGACGGUCAAUACUAUAAGGAUCAAACGAUCGAGAGGACGCUCCCCCGAGUUCUCGUUACGACCUACGGCUACGUGGGGUUAUUAAUGCCAUAUACAAUUACAAGAGUUAAAUAAUUCCUUUUAGACAGUUGUGCAAUCGUAGGCAUUAUUCUGUACAUAUACGUGUCUUCGCGCAGCACGAAAUUUAACGAGUCGAUGAUCGAUGUACGAGCCGCCCAGUUUGAUUUUCUCUUCUCGCCCGCUUAUUACUCGCUAUUAUAUCCGUUGAAGUAUUAGUUACCAGCUGUCAUACAUAUACACACGAGCAAAGAGAGAAAAAAAAGAUCGUCCUCUUCGAUUAUGAUCUUAUGCGUGUUUAAUAAAAACGUGUCGAAUCUCUUUUUAACUUGUCGACGGUGGCGAAAAUUUCGGCUGUGGCGUCACCUCUUCCGCGGUAACUAUAAUUCGUUGUCGAUAUAUCUUCGCGCGCUCUCCUCGAGAGUUUUUGAGAGUAAAGAAGAACGGGAUAUGCUGCUCCUUCUUCAUUCAAUAUGUGAACAUAUACAUACACAGAAACACGAAACACACACAUACACACGUAUUAGACGCGCAGCGUCUUUGUGCAAAGUACCGAGUGUCAAUGAUCGUCUAAUAUCGGCUCACGUGUACCCUUGAUAAGUAUUGAGUUGUCACACAUAUUGUCGCAUUAAUGAAGAUUCGUUUCGGUGGGACACGUAAUGUAUAACGUAGCUCGUAAACGAGUAAGUUGCAAGGAAAAUGAUAUGGUAGUACGAAUAAGUAACGGGAUAACAAUGCAAACUGUCGCAAUCGAAAUCGGCUACCCCGUUCGUUGCACAUUUGUGUAGCGGACUCUGUCGAAAGAACGUGUCCCUUGGCUACGAUGUGUAAAUUUCAUUAUAUUACAUAUAUUUAUGUAUAAUUGAAUCUCGUGGAGCCUGUAAGAUGUCGAUCGCAAUUUGUCCAGAGGCUUCGCAAUCAUACACGCGACAUUUGAAAAUUUAAUUUUGUCUCUGGGAAACAUAAAUUUUUCGGGAAACGAGAGUCGUCGCUCUUUACGAGGCUUUAUUAUAAAAGUAUGCUCAAAAUGAAGAACUACGAAGAUGAAAGAUAGAUUUCUCGCCACAUACUUGGCGUUCAAUCACCGUGCAUUAUUAAUAAUAACGAUAUAUUACAAUAGGCACAGCCGAAUAUAUAUGUAUAGAAAGAGAGAGAGAGAGAGAGAGAGAGAGAGAGAGAGAGAGAGAAUGUACGACACACAUUGAAAUUUAAAACAUUCGAGCGAUAAGCUGGUGGAAGACUCGCGCGUAAAGUGUAACGCAUACUACAUGUACGGAAAUUUUAGAGCGCAUUAGUUCAUUGCGUGGGUUCCAAGAGAGUUACUAGUUGUACUUUUUAGUUCUAACUACUACUUAGUAAUAGCGAAGACAUAUAAAAUGUAGACGAUAGAAGGAAAUAAGGGAAUAAACUGAAAGAGACACGAGAGUAAUUAACAGUUGAUCGACACACACGACCACGAGACACGUCCGAUCUUCAGGCAUCGGUAAGAGAAAUGAUAUUCCUUACGUACGUGCGAAACGAAAGCAAGCAAGAAAGAAAGAAAGAGAAAACAUGCAAUCAUUAAUCGACAAAACGCUUGACUAAGGGUGAUCUUUUCAAACGGUACACUCAUUGUCUGCUACCUUUUUUUCCUACUGUUUCUCCCUCUCGUUUAGCCUUCAGCCAAGUAAGAAAACAAACCCCCUUGAAGAUAAGAUGCCCCUCACUUAAUGUGGUACUAAAUUAUUUUGAUGAAUAAUAAACAGAGUUGUCACUGA